AUGGAGUCAUUGUUUCGCUGUCGAGGAUCAGGAAAAAGUUCAUGGCCGGAGCUGGUGGGAGAGAAGGGACACAUAGCAGCUGUGAAAGUGGAGCAAGAAAACCCUAACGUGAAUGCAAUUGUGAUGUGCCAGGGGAGUCCGAUGACCAAGGAUUUUAGGUGUGACAGGGUCCGAGUUGUGGUUAACAACCAGUAUUGA